CAUUGCCACAAAAGAAGAAGAGGAUCGUGCGAAAGGGUGGGAAAAAAAAGAAGGAUAAAUGCUGCAUCAAUACUCUAAUACCUCAGUCGAUCUUACCCUCGGGCUUUUGAUUGUCUGACCGAGGAAAGGGAUAUCUCGACCGGAGCGGCUCUCCACUUGUCAAAACGAUUUAUAAAUAAAAGUAGACUUGGACGCAUUCAUCUUCCUUUCUAUCCACCAUCGUACAAUCAGUCAAAAUGAUCGACGUUCAAUCUUCUUCGUUAUCCCGUUUGUUCGGGUCAAUCGACGCAAAGACUUUACUCAUCACAUUCGUCAUCUCUACAGCUUUACUGGCCAUCGCUUAUCCAAACAGCCUGGUCGGUACAAAACGCCGCAAGAACAUUGUUGUCGCUCAACCAGCGUAUCCUCUCAUAGGUAAUUUGACAUGGAUCUUGGAUAUCCUGGCUCAACGUACUCGAUUGCUAGAUGAAAUCUAUCGUUUGCAAACCACUCAAGCAAAAGGUGGAAUGCCAUUCACAAUGACGUUCCCAGCUUUGGGUGGUCGUGUAACUGUGAUCAAUAAUCCAGCAUACAUUCAACACGUUCAAAAGACAAAUUUUGAUAAUUAUCCAAAAGGUCCAGAUCAACAAAGAAUCAUGAAAGAUGUUUUGGGCGUUCAUGGAAUCUUUGCUUCAGAUGGUGAUAUCUGGCUUAAACAAAGAAAGUUGGCUUCCAACAUCUUUUCAUUCAACAAUUUCCGUACACAUGUCCAGAACACAGUCGUUCGCGAAAUUCAAACAUUAGACACCCUCUUACAAAAUGCUUGUCAACAAAACACAAAAGUUAACUUUCCCGAUACCAUGUUCAGGUUCACUUUGAGUUCAUUCUCAUUGAUGGCAUUUGAUGCUGAUAUCAAAUGCUUACCGACAAAAGUUGAAGGCCUGCAAAUUCCGAAUCAGUUCGCUACCAAUUUUGAUUUUGCUCAAGAAGUCAUGGAUCAUCGUAUCUUCGCCCUUCUGCCAAAAUGGUCAGAGUACUUCACGAAAGAAGGCUAUAAGAUGCGCAAGGCACUUCGUCAAUUGGACUCAUACUGUUACCAGAUCAUUGAUUCCCGUUUAGCCAGAAGAGAAAAAGAAGGAACCAACACAUCAACGGACAAGACAGGCAAAGAUCUCUUGGAAUUAUUCAUGGAUCGCGGCUUGACAAGAGAGGAGUUGUUGCCCGUCAUUCUGAACUUUUUGAUCGCUGGUCGUGAUACUACUGCACAAAGUUUGGCAUGGCUCUUCUUUGAACUUUGGAAGUCACCCAAGUACAUCGACCUGAUCAGAGAAUCAAUCGCACCAGUCGUUGGAACACCUGAAUCGCAAAGUCCGAUGCAAUAUGAUGAUAUGAAAGAAUUACCUUUCUUACAAGCUUGUUUCUAUGAAGCCGUUCGUUUAUGGCCAGCCGUACCAAAGAAUGUGAAACGUGUUAUGCAAGAUGAUAUCAUUCGUCCAACGGGUGGUGAGGCAACAAUUGAAGGUUUACCCGACGUUGACGUUCGUGCGGGCGAAUCGGUCAUUUGGAGUGAUUUCACAAUGAGUCGUAUGCCUGAAGUUUGGGGUGAAGAUUGUUUAGAAUUCAAGCCAGAAAGAUUUUUGGAAAAAGAUGAAAGUGGUCGUUUACGUUGCAAAGAAUACAGUCAAUUCAAAUUUCACAGCUUUAAUGCCGGUCCAAGAAUGUGUUUAGGUAAAACACUUGCUGUUUAUGAAGGUAUGGCAGUCACUGCUGCUAUCCUGGGAAGGUAUGACGUACACUUUGACAAUGAUCAAAUGCGUAACAGUCCUCCCACUUACGGUGACAGUCUUACACUUCCAUGCACGCCAUACUUUGUUCAUUUUACCCCUCGUCAAAAUUAAGACCUUUCUAGCCUUGCUACGAAAAUCUUACUUUUUUCCCUCCGUUCAAAAUUCACACAGACCCUUAUGGUCUAACGCUACUUACAGAUACCUUUUGUUUUCAAUUUCAUUCACAUUAAAGC